ACUGUGGUCCGUGACUCCGUGGUCUUUAGACGCGAUCAGCCCCGCGUGUUGCCUGGCAACCAAAAAAAAACCCACUGUAGCUUACUAGGUAUCAAACUUCCCUAGGUUACUUUUCAAAAUCUUAACACUCCAUGGCAAUUAAUAAUUAACCACUUAUAGCAUUCGUUAUGAAGUGAAGCACUAUAAGCAUACCGUCACCGUAAUUAUGUUAAGCAAGUCGGGGUUUAGUAGCGAGGACGAGUUCCCAGAAGUCGAUGUGCUCAUCCAACGAAUCCAAGACAAAAACGAACUCAAGAGAUUAAAAGAAACAUCGAAACCACGGAUAGAACGCAUUGCAAAAGAUGGACCUGCCAAUUUAAACACGACAGGAAAACCUACCCCUCUUCGACGAAGAAAACUUGGCCAAGGUCAGACUAUGGAUGGCUCUCUCUUGAAACCUUGGAACGAUACCGUACCCAGCAAGGAGAAAGAAGGCCGAACGUCCAAGUUUAGGGAAUCUCGUCCUAGAGCUGGGGUGAGUACCGAGGCUGACGACCCCUCUGAUGAUGAAUCAGAGCCAUUAGCAAUGAAGGCCCGACAAACGAAGGCUCGUAAAGCAAGCUCCCGUGUAGUUGCCUCUAAGAUACACCCAGACAAUCUAUCAGAGGCAAAGGGUAAGGAACCACUCAAGCAAACCCGCACAGAGAAAAACGACUUUGUGAAGGGUGGAAAAGUCUCAGAGAAAUCAACGAGCCGUUUGACACCCUCGACUCAGUUAGUUAAGGAUUAUGAUGCCUUGAAAGACCUCUUGGAAUUUAGCGAAGAGGAAGAGGAAGAGGAAGAGGAAGAUGAGUCGGAAUUCUUGUCAAUGUCAGAUUCCGAGACGGAUACAUGGAAAUCAGAUGCGGAACCAACCCUAACGCCACCGGGGCGACGUCCAAAAGGCUCAACAUCUCAGUGGGCCAACCCCCAAAGAACGCUAUUCAAAGAUCCAAGCAAGAAGAUAGCUGUUCCUGCUGGUAGGAAACCGAUGGAGGCAAUCACCGGCCCCAAAAAGCAAGCGUCUCGGAAACAGGCGCGCGGUGACUCUGUCCUCAGAUCCUUAAAAGCAUCUCAGUCCGGAAGCCUAGAAGAUACCUUCCAGAAACUUCAGAUCUUUGACGAGGAUUCGGAAUCUGACGAGUCUUUGGUCAAGGGGCCUAAGAAGCAUACUCUAGAACCCACCACACCGAAAAAGACACUCCCUGCCUCGCCCUUUAAAGCGCCUCCCAUACCACCGUCGCCAUGGAAGCCCGAGCAGAAGGAGUUCUGGGACAGCAACGCACACUUCGAUUGGAUCGACCAACACUCACCAGAGAAGAAGCCUGAUGACGGCAGCAAGAAUAAAGCGAAAAGGGACGACGCCAAAACCAAGAUGAACCGCCAACAUAGCAUCAACCUCGAGAAGCGGAACGCGAAAAAGACGUUCGAUGCGAUCAAGGAGGAGCUAGCACGAUCCUUCCUCGCUGAGCUUGAUCAGCGUGUCACAGACGGCCAGCUAGGACAACUCACGCAAAACACGGGCGGGCUACAAAUCACAUGGUCCAAGACACUCAACUCCACGGCCGGGCGAGCGCACUGGAAAUGCAAGACAGUCUCAGUAAGCACGCCGGCCGCGGACGGCAGCUUCCAGAAACGCGAUACGCAGCAGCACUACGCGUCGAUCGAGCUCGCCACCAAGGUCCUGGGCAACGAAUCAUCCCUGCUCAACACCGUGGCCCACGAGUUCUGUCAUCUCGCCGUGUUUCUCCUCCACGGCAGGGUUAAGGCGGCGCACGGCUCCGAAUUUAAAUACUUUGGGGCACUAUGCGGGCGCGCAUUCGCGGACCGGGGCAUCGAGGUCACCACGAAACACAAUUACGAAAUCGACUACAAAUUCAUCUGGCAGUGCGUCGCGUGUGGGUCUGAGGUGAAGCGGCACUCGAAAAGCCUGGAUACGGAAGCCAAGCGGUGCGGUAAGUGUAGGGGACAGUUUAUCCAGACCAAGCCUGCGGUGCGGGGAGCCGGUGGCGCCAGCAACGGCAUGGCUAGUCUAGCGGGUGGUACCAUCAACGGGAAGGAAACGGCAGUGACGACAGCAGCAGCAGCAGCCACGGCCGCGAUGACUCCGGGCAAGAAGAAGCCGAGCGCGUACCAGGAGUUCACGGCCAAGGAGAUAAAGACGCUGAAGCAGACGAACCCGAGCAUGUCUUUUAAAGAGAUGAUGGCAAUUGUGUCGGUGAGAUGGAAGCAGCAGAAGGAGCAGAAUGGGCUGCUGGAACAGAAGAGGGGACAGACUGUGAAGGAGCUGCGGACUGCGGUGGAGGUACUGACGAUUGAAGACGACGAUGACGAUGAUGGAAGAGGAGGCGGCAGUGAUAUGGGAAAGCGGGGCAUGGUUAAGGCUACGGUUCAGAGCACCUACGAUAUCUUCGGGUAGUCUCCGUCGUCGGAAAACCUAGGUAUCUCAUCUAGGGAGCACUACGGGGCAAUGACGGAAAUUUGACGGUUAAUUAAUUCAGGGGCAAAAUUGUGCAACCGAUGGGAUGAGCCAACGGACGAACGUACCAUAUGGACAGGGCAAGCAUAGGAGCAAGAAUGCGAAUUCUAGCGAAACAUAUCACUGUGAAUACCUACCUAGAUAGUAUGUAUCAUAAAAUACCACCAUGGAGUUGUUGUACCUACAUAAUCCAGGUCUGAAGCCAAUAUUGAAAAGAA